UUCUGACAUAAUGUGUUUUAAAACGGUAAAUAAUUCCACUAAACAUCAAAAUAGAAAAUAGAAAAUAACAAGAUUGGGAUUGCAUUUGUGGUUAGAACGAAAACCAGCAUAACACAACGUUGCAGCCAUAAUCCCUGAACAAGCGCUGUGAUUUCUCUACACGGAAGUGACGUCAACGCGGCGAUGGCGGCUUGCAGUUCGGUUCCGGAUUCGCUAUGAGAUGAGAAGCGGUGUUGAUGGCGACUACUUGUAUUUUUGUGUCCAUUUUUGUGAAGAACAGAGAUAUAAUAGCAGUUUAAAUACAGGAGCCAGAAGGAAGUUGUUGUAGUUUAUUGACAGCUACUUGGUUAAAACCCAGGUAGUUUGCAUGCUAGCCAACUUGCUAGAUAGCAACCUUAGUGGCUAGCUAGCUACUUUGUAGCUUACUCUUUUCUUCUUUUAUUUUUGUUAUUAAAAUUAUUAUUAUUUCCCGUAGUUGAACGCGGUUUCUGAGUGGCCAUAACAUAAGCCACUCUCGAAUUUGCUUUGUCCCCUGCUCGGACGUAUUCGACACGUCAGUUAAUACUUUUAGCUAGCUAGCUACCCCUUGAGGUUCUGGAGGGGGUGAGGGGUCCCGGCUUUUUGGUCGGUGUCGCUGGCCUGACUGUUGAGAGAGCUGUGCCCCCUCUUCGCGCCCGGUUCCUGUGUCGUUUUCUGCGUUGCUGACGACAUGCUGAAGACCCGACAGUGUUUAUUUGGGAUUCGUACUUUUCUCGGAGUGACGUCCAGAAUAUGGGGCUUCAUUUUGUACAUUCUCAGGAAGCACCUACGAACGAUAAUCCAGUACCAAACAGUGCGUUAUGACACGCUACCUCUCUCGCCAAUCUCCAGAAACAGACUCGGUACGGUGAAGAGGAAAAUUCUGGUUCUGGAUCUGGAUGAGACCCUGAUCCACUCUCACCACGACGGGGUCCUGAGGCCCACGGUACGGCCCGGGACACCUCCUGACUUCAUUCUGAAGGUGGUAAUAGAUAAACACCCAGUCAGGUUUUUUGUACAUAAAAGGCCUCAUGUUGACUUUUUCCUAGAAGUGGUGAGUCAGUGGUAUGAGUUAGUGGUGUUCACUGCCAGCAUGGAGAUCUAUGGCUCUGCUGUGGCCGAUAAACUGGACAACAACAGGGGAAUACUGAAACGUAGAUACUACAGACAGCACUGCACACUGGACCUGGGUAGUUAUAUAAAAGAUCUGUCUGUAGUACACAAUGACCUGUCCAGUGUAGUCAUCUUGGACAACUCGCCCGGAGCCUACCGUAGCCACCCAGACAAUGCAAUACCUAUAAAGUCAUGGUUCAGUGACCCUAGUGACACAGCGCUACUUAACUUGUUGCCCAUGCUUGAUGCCCUAAGGUUCACUGCAGAUGUCCGGUCCGUCCUCAGCCGAAACCUCCACCAGCAUCGGCUCUGGUGAUUGGCCUGUUGGACCUCCACCAGCAUCAGCUCUGGUGAUUGGCCUGUUGGUGCUCACUCUAGCAUCGGCUCUGGUGAUUGGCCCUUUGGUGCUCUCCAGCAUUGGCUCUGGUGAUUGGCCCAUUGGUGCUCUCUCCAGCAUCAGCUCUGGUGAUUGGCCUGCUGGACCUCCAUCAGUAUCGACUCUGGUAAUUGUCCUGCUGGGGCUCUCUCCAAUAUCGACUCUAGCGAUUGGCCUGAUGGGGAUCUCUCCUGGCACAGCUCGUUUUUUAAAAACACCCUCCCUGCUGGCUGCUGUUCCUCCUUCCCAGCACUGUUGACAACCCCAUCUCUGUUAGCAAGGAGCGAGGAGAUGGGGAAGAGACAAAUCAGAAGAUGGGAUGAGAGUGAUUGGGGGAAACUGAAAAUGAGUGGAGAGGCCAGCUUUAAUAGCAUUGGGGUUUUUUUUUUUUUUGGUUUUUUUUUAAAAUAUAAAUGGAGUCUGCCUUAUGCUUCUCUGAUUCAGUGUGCAAGCUUGAUAUGUCCGUACAUGGAUUGGGAGUAUGCCGACAUUUGCUUUUUGUUUUCAGUUAAUCUUUUCUUAACUGUCAACAGAGCAAGAAAAGACAAACCACAAGGCCCCCCUCCUUUACCCUUAUUUCUCCCUCCAGAAACAAACCCUUUCUGUUCUCUCUCUUUCACUUGCUCUCUCCCUCUUAGUUCAAAGGUAUUUUAUUAUUGCCGUUUGCUCCCUCCCUAGCUCUAAACAACACUUGCGAUCUUUGUCUCAUUGCGGAAGGUCUCUGACUGACCUCUCUCAGUCCUCAGCUAGGUUGUUGUGUCAGUAUCAGUUGUACUUUGAUUCAAUACUAAGAGUCAUAGAGUAGCUGGACACAGCAAGGUAAAUCGGAAGUAGAGUUGGGGGUGAGGAGAUGAAUACCUGUCAGGUUUUGGAAUAGCUCUUAUUUGGGGAGGUGGUGAGUUGAAUUAAUUUGAGUAAUGAUCUCAUUUCAUGACUUAAUUAGGAAAAACUAUUUUGCCCCACUAGGUAGCAGGAUGGGUAAAAAUGUAGUCAUUUUUGUUGUUGAAGAAUCGUGGACCUCUUUUCUGGCCGUCCUCAAGCCUCCGUAACCAAGGAAAUACAGUUUUGAAAACAAGCAAACUUGUCGCCCACAACUGGGAUGCUCAAUUUUCAGUUCAAUUUAGAAAGAAAAAACUUGCACUUCAUUACUUUGAACUCAGCUUUUGUUUUGUUUGUCAUGAUUUUAAAUUGACUGACCCCCCCAUCCCUCUCCCACCCCUCCCUCAUUUUGCUUCCCAUCCAAACCCCCCCCCCCCCUUUGCCCCA